GGCUCCGCCUGCCCCGGGGAUGCUGCUUCGGCGCGCUCCGCCUCGCGCCGCCAUGCAUCGUCAGUCCCAAGCAAACUCCGGAAGACAUCAGCCAUUUUGACGGGGAUGGCGGCCGUGGCGCACGCGGUGGCGCCGCCGCACCCGCACAGCCAGCCCCACCACGCGCACGCGCCGCUCAGCCUCAUGUCGUGCGUGUCGCGGGCCGCCCCCUCGCCGCUCACCUCGCCGCGCGCCUCGCCGCGCUGCGCCGCCCGCGCCGAGCAGCCCGCCCCGCACCAGCGCCAGCCCGAGGAGGACGCCGGCAGGCAUGAGUCCAAGAAGCGCAGCUUCCACCCGCUGCGCGGCCUGCGCCGGAUGUUCCGGAGGAAGCCGCGGGGCUCCGGGGCGUCCGGCGAGUCCUCGGCGACGGCCGCGUCGACGGCCACCGCCGAGGACGAGCUCCCCGAGCAGGCUGCCGUCAGCCUCGGCGACCCCCAGGCCGUCGGCGGCGCCCCCUGCGGGCCCAACGGCGCCCCCAGGAGCGCCUCCACCGGGCGGCUCCUGGCGGAGGCGCCGCAACACGCCGCGCCCAGCAGUAGGACGGGCGGCGCCCUGUACCCGGGGCUGAGCGUGUCCCACGACAGCGUGUUUACCGCCGACCCCUCGGACCAGUCGGGCUCGGACACCACCAGCACCCAGUCCAUCCAGAGGCUAGUGCUUCCCGGCGUGCGGGCGGAGCUGGCGGACGUGUUACGGCGGCGCACCCAGCGCGGCCAGGGUCGAGGCCCCGGGCGGGGCGGCCGCGGCGACACCAGCGAGGAGGACGAGGACCUGGGGCUGCCCAGGAGCCCCUGCAACUCGCCGUCCGACAACCCCCUGCCCCUGCCAAAGGACCAGAGCACCUGCAGCGAUGGCUCGCUGCUCAGCAUGGGCAGCUCAGACCUCGACGAGGACUCGUGUGGCCAGAGCUCGUCGCGGCAUUCGUCCAAAAUCUCACUCCAGGACAAGAGGAGUGCGUUCGCUGAUGGAGGUGACCUGGAGGUGUCUGUCAGCACGACCCCCCUGAGCCACAGCGCCGCCCGACACAAGAUGGCUAUCAAACCGAAGCGAACCCACGGAGCUCCUCGGAGACGAAGGAUCCAACAGCUCUCAGCCCCAGCCCUGCCAGCCACCCCUGAACUGAACGAGGAACCCAGCGGUUCAGGAAGGAGCAUCAGUCCAGAGCUCCCCACCAGUCGCAUAGCGCUGCAGCGGAAUCCUCCCUUCGGCCCGCUCUACGGGUCGUCCGGGUCCUCGGGCUCCUCGGGCGCGCCGCCGGCCUCCGGCAAGGGCUCUGGUGCCUCUGGCAAGGCGGCCGUGACGGUGACGCGGAGCCGGUCGAGCGCCGCGGCGCGCCAGCAGCCGGAGCACGAGGCGGGGCGCGAGCACGGCGCCACGCGGCGCAGCGGCUCCUCGGACCAGCUGGACCGGCACGAGCAGGCCCGCCAGCAGGAGCAGGCCUCCGUCAAAACCAAGAGGGAGGACCUGUCCUUCUUCGGCCGACUGCUGUCGCGCCGCUCCGGCAAGAAGAAGAAGGGGGAGCGCGCCACGGAGCAGCCGCCCGCCCCCGUGCUGCCCGCCGGCGCGGGUUCGGCGGCCCCCGCCGCCAGCUCCGCAUACUACAGCGUGUACUCCGCCAAGGACGCGGUGGACGGGCCCGCGGCCUGCAGCCUGCCGACGCGGCGCCUGGACGAGAAGGGUCGCUACGUGGCCGAGGCCGAGGCCAACCACCCGUCCGGCCUGCCGCCCAACGGCGUGCCCCCGGGCGCCCUCACCACGCACUUCCUCACCAAGCAGCAGCAGCAACAGCAGCAGAGGCCGCGGCAGCGGCUUGAGCCCAUGACCCUGAGCCAGCGGGACGACGAGACUGAAGACGGGUUGGAGGAUGACGAUGUUGACGUAGCUAUCACCAGGACCACCACACCCCUCGACGGCGUACCCAUACCCGUCAAGCCCGAACCCGCCGCGGUGGCGGCAGCUGCAGCGGCAGCCGCGGCCAAUCGCAUGCAAGUCUCGUACUCCACGUCACCGCCGGCGCCGCUCUGGCCGGCGUCCAGCAUCGCCGCCACCCUCGCCCCCGUCGAGACCAAGGUGGUGGAGGUGAUCGAGAAGACCCCAGAGGCCCGCAGCCUGUUCGAGCAGGAGCGGGAGAAGGAGAGCAGGUGCCGCAUCCCGGGGCUUUCUGCCUUCCAGCAGCGAGUGUCGCAGGUCGGGCAGCCCGACGAGCCCGCCUUCUGCUCGCUGACGGAGCGCCGCGGGGUGUCCCCGAGGGUGGAGAGCCAGGCCGUACCACCCGCGCAGCCCCCCAGCCUACCCGCUGGCCUAGGGCUGGAGUCGAGUAGGGAGAGGGACGUGCUGAGGCACUUCGACGACGAGAUGAGCACGAUAUCGCUCGCGACCUCGCUCACCGCCUCGGACGGAGACGCCUUUUCGGGGUCGCCCGAUUCUCUGGAGCCACCACCUGCUUCGGCCUCGACACCUGCCGCCCUUUCUGUGGAGUCGCCUGCUCCUGUGGAGCAGGAGGCGGCAUCCUUUCCGAGCCUCCCGGACACCAUCCACGACACGCCUCCUGCAAGCCCCGAGCAGGUUUCGCAACCUCCCGAGGCGCAGGCCAUCGGCACCAAGGGUAAGUCGACGUCGCUGGGCAGCAUAGAGAGCUUCGAGCCUGCGUCGCCGCAACCACCGCUGCUCAAGGCGAGCUCGAGCGACAGCCUCACGGGCAAGGUCGUCAAGCCCCCCGGCAAGGCAACGCACCAGGUCACCAUCCCCCUCGGCACCAGCGGCCUCAGCAUCACGCAGCGGGUCGAGCAGCCCGCCGAGCCGCACCGUGUCACUGUCGCAUGCGUGCCCGACCCCGGCAGCACCCCCGCCACUACAACCCCCACGCCCGCGCCCGCCCCGGCCCCCGCGCCCGCCCCCACCAGCACGCCCUCGCCCCCUACAGUCACGCUUGUCAACCAGCCGAGCCCCAACGUCUGUCCGACGACCAGUCCGACGCUCCCCGACAAGCCGACAAGCCAACAAGACACCCUUGACAAGCCGGACAAGGACAAGACUGAGAAGUUGGAUUUGCCGGCAGAGCCCGUCCAGCCUCCAACCGUGGAACAGCCCAGCCCCAGCCCGGCACCGCGACCGUCGGGGCUGAGAAAGAGCCUGCCGCCCAUGCCGGUGCCAGCCAGCGAGGAGACCACCGGCGUUCCCGAGUUCAUGAGAGUGCAGCUGCACCGCGUGGACAGCAAGCCCUCCGUCAACGUUGUGCUGUCCACGGCCAGCAGCCCUGAGAGGGGAAGCCGCAGCAGUCUGGGCGUCAUCGACCCCUGGUCCGUCGAGGACGUGGUCACGGACGCCGCCCCGGCACAGGUCUCCCUCCUUGGUCUGCGGGUGAAGCGCGCCGCGAGCAAGGACGACGUGGGCCAGGCCGUCGAAGCCAAGGCUAAGGACGCCACGCUCGACGUUGCGGACACCGUGCUGGCGUCCUCCGUGCCCAGCACGCCGCACAGGGUCCAGCCUCUGCAGAAGAGCGCCUCUGUGACGGUCGUCCCGCAGUCCCUCAUACGCAAGCAGCCUCCGCCGGUCAAACGGAUGCUGUCCGAGGACAACAACAACGUCAUCAUCGUGGAGAAGAAGGACAAGAAGGAGCAGCCCAAGACGACCCCGGCGCAGGAGGACGCGAUCGCCGCCGCCCGAAGGAAAUCUGCGUCGAGAGACUCGCUUCAGCUGCAGUGGCAGUCGAGCCUGGAGGACAACAAGGAGCAGCGCAGCCGGGACUCGUCCAUCAGCCCGGUCCUGGACGGCGUCGUGCUCAGGAAGAAGUCGCUGCCGCGGGAGGGCCGCAGCGUCCGCGACGACACCCCCGAGCUCAUGAAGGUCUUCGCCCGGCGGUCGCUCAAGGUUCGGGACUCGGACGCGGAGCUGACGCUGUCAACGCUGGCCCAGGGUGCCCAGGCCUGGGAGACCAACGGCUCCAGUGAACAGACGCAGCAGCAGCAGACACCGCCGCUGACACCGCCACAGACGCCGCCGCACACACCGCCACAGACGACGCCACAGACGACGCCGCCGCAGACGACGCCAAACACGACGCCGCAGGCGACACCGCAGACCCAGCAGCGCGCCAGCAGAGACAGCGACAAGGAGAAUGAGGGGGACGGCGGCGACUCCCUCAAGGCAGAGAGGACCCUGGCGGGGCUGGCGCCCUACAGGUUCCAGCGGUCGGUGAGCGGCGGCCACGUCGUGCAGGCUCAGGAUCAGCCCCCGGCCGUGCGGCCGGGCCUCGGACCUGCAGCCGAGAAGCCCGCGAAACCAGCCAAGCCCGUCUCCGCCCCGGCCACCGGCGAUACCGUGAAGGACAAUAACAACAGCAACCGUCUCCGGACGCGGAAGCCGGACAACGUCAUCACCAACGGCAACACCAUGAACAACAUCAACAAUAACAACAACAUCAACAACAACAAUUCCGAAAAGACAACCCCUACGACACCGCCCCCAGUCUCCAGCGUCGUGGCGAAGAUGUCGGCGCGAUGGACGCUGCCCGCCGAAGCAAAGCAGACCACCGUGGUGGUGAGCCCGCAGCCGGCCCAGCCGACCGCGCCGGCUUCGAAUGAACCGGAGGGAAGCCCCAACGUCGGCGCGCCGCCCGUGCCCAAGUUCAAACGCAUCCAGCAGCGCAAGGAGGAGUGGGAGCAGCGAGCCAAAGCACUUCAGCGAGCGACCCAGUGAGGCGCAGGAGCCGCACUGCUGCGUCUAGUUGCGCCUCCUCCAGACCGACCGCACCGGGCUCGACGACAUCCCGCCGUCAUUGGAUGUCUUUGGCUAUCCAAGACGUGGUCUGUGCCUUUUAAAAAGUUCUGAGAAUAAGGGCAAAACGAUGGAAUAUUUUUUACAAUUCAUUUUUUUUUCCUGUUUUUAUGACUUACAUUUACUCUGUGCAAUGCUUCAAUCUUGUGUUACCAUUGCCUUUGCUGGGAAAUUUCUUUAAGUCAAGUCUUCCUCUCAUUUUAAGUGCUAACUACCAUAAAACUCAUUAAACUGUGUGUAUUGUUAAUUAUUUAGAUACACAAAAAUAUUUUCUGGUCAAAAGCUAAUUUGCUUUAUUUUCUCUUUGAGAAAUUUCAGUCAUGUUCUUGAGGAUGUAUACAUAUUUUGAAGUUUGUGUAUUAAUACUUACGUAUCUUUACAUCCUAUAUUCUUUUGAAAUUGCUUUUAAAAAGUUGAUGUAUAUUUUGUAAUUUAUGUAUUUAUGUGUACAUAUUUAUGCCUCUUCUUUUCUAAUACCUUCUAAACAGACAAAUGUGAUUAUUUUUCAUAUGUAUAUAAGUGUAGGAAAUAAGUAACAGUAAUGUGAGAGUAGUUUGACUGCUUUUUGUCUGGGUAUCAAUGUGAUGUGCCUAAACAUUAUCAAAUAUUUGUAUGGAAUCAUGUUUUCCCUUAUGUUUUGUUGAGUAGGAUUUUUAAGUAUUGCAUGAUCUUAAAAGGCCAUAGUCAUACAGUACUCAUUAUUAUUGUCUACUUGAUUGAGUGUAGUUGAUUUCUACUGCCUGUUGGAGGUCAUUUCUUGCACACUCACUGUUCCUUUUCUAUCCUAUAAAGAUUAGAAAAACCUGCUUUUACAGUCUGUUUUGUUCUUUGGUAGAGAUAUCUGGUGCCAAAGUGAAAGUGUAGUUUUAUCUACAUUCCGGGUGUUAUUGUACUGUCAUUAUGAAUUUGAGAAUCUCAUCCAUUCUUAUUGAUUUCAAGGAAAGGCAGAAGAACUUCUCAAAGUGUAUCACUUCUCAUCUCAUUCACCUUUGGGAAGAAAUUAAAGAUCUGUACUUGUUUUUUCGCGUUCUUUUAAAUGUGUGUAUGUUAUACCUAGCAGGGUAGUAAUUAUAGUUGUUCAAAGUGUAUCUCGUAUCUCACUUUCUUGCCAAAGGUCAACUUACUCAUCUGGCCCAUAAAAUCAGUUUCUGCCAAAACAUUGGCUGUGUAUGCUGUUUUUUCUUCUUACCUAUUUUGGAUAUGUGUCUACCAAAUUCCCUUGAUCAUGUAUCAGUAAUAUUAAUAACAACUCAAAUUUUAAAGUUUGUACUGAGGUAGUGUAUUUGAAUACACUUUCAUGUAAUCCAACUCAUUGAUAGGAGUUGAAAAUCUGUUUAUUGUAUGAAUAAAUCAGAGAGUACUUGUUAAUUUUACAA